CAAAAGAGAAAGGAAAACAAAGAAAAACAAGAGGCAAUCACUUCAUCACAAAAUCACCAAAAUACCCCUAAUUCAUCGAUCUAUUUCAAAAAUUACAAUUUCCAUUUUUUUUUAAUUAAAAAAAUAAAGCUUUCUUUCUCCACCUGUUUCCUGCUUCCCUUUUGCCUGUCGAUGGAGCUGCCGAGGCGCCAAGAUCAGGGCCUCCCUGAGAGGAAGGGACAGAAGCGAAAACUGGAGGAAGAAACUAAAGAGGAGCCGGAGAUUUCCUUUCCGCCGUCCGGCGACACUCGUCACGCUCUCCUCUGCGAGGUAACUGCUCAGGUUAACGUCCUCAAUUCCACCUUCUCUUGGCGUGAAGCCGAUCGCGCUGCUGCUAAGCGCGCUACUCACGUCCUUGCCGAACUCGCCAAGAAUGAGGAAGUUGUGAACGUCAUCGUUGAAGGCGGUGCUGUUCCGGCUCUGGUGAAGCAUCUGCUGGCGCCAUCGUCCUGUGAAGGCGAUCCGACCCCGAAGCCCUUCGAGCAUGAGGUGGAGAAAGGAAGCGCUUUCGCUCUUGGACUUCUUGCCAUAAAGCCAGAACAUCAGCAACUUAUUGUUGACUCUGGAGCCUUAUCACAUCUUGUGGCUUUGUUGAGGAGACAUAAAGAUGGUUCUAGUUCUCGUGCUGUGAUUAGUGUUAUCAGAAGAGCAGCUGAUGCUAUUACCAAUCUUGCUCAUGAGAAUAGCAUCAUUAAAACACGUGUUAGGAUGGAAGGUGGAAUUCCACCUCUUGUUGAGUUACUUGAAUUUACUGAUACAAAGGUGCAAAGAGCAGCUGCUGGGGCAUUACGAACCCUUGCAUUUAAAAAUGAUGAAAACAAGAAUCAGAUUGUUGAAUGCAAUGCCCUGCCCACUCUUAUUUUAAUGCUGAGAUCAGAGGAUGCCGCUAUACACUAUGAAGCAGUUGGUGUAAUUGGAAAUCUGGUUCAUUCAUCGCCAAACAUUAAGAGAGAAGUGCUUGCUGCUGGGGCUUUGCAACCUGUCAUUUCUCUGUUGAGCUCCUGCUGCUCAGAGAGCCAAAGGGAGGCAGCUUUAUUACUAGGACAGUUCGCUGCAACUGAUUCUGAUUGCAAGGUUCAUAUUGUGCAGAGGGGUGCUGUUGGGCCCUUAAUUGAGAUGCUUAAAUCUCCAGACGUACAGUUGAGGGAAAUGUCAGCCUUUGCUUUGGGGAGAUUGGCACAGGACACCCACAACCAAGCUGGUAUUGCACAUAAUGGGGGAUUAGUGCCACUGCUGAAGCUUCUUGAUUCAAAAAAUGGAUCUUUGCAACAUAAUGCUGCAUUUGCUCUUUAUGGUCUGGCAGAUAAUGAGGAUAAUGUGUCUGAUUUUAUUAGGGUGGGUGGUGUGCAAAAGCUGCAAGAUGGAGAGUUUAUUGUUCAAGCUACAAAAGAUUGUGUGGCCAAGACAUUGAAAAGAUUAGAGGAGAAGAUUCAUGGCCGUGUUUUGAACCAUUUGUUAUAUCUGAUGCGUAUAUCAGAGAAGCCAGUCCAGAGACGAGUUGCUUUAGCUCUUGCCCAUCUUUGUUCCCCAGAGGACCAGAGAACCAUAUUUAUUGAAAAUAAUGGUUUGGAGUUGCUUCUUGGGCUUCUUGGUUCUGCGAGCCCAAAGCAGCAAUUUGAUGGUGCUGUGGCUUUAUACAAGUUGGCCAACAAAGCUAUGACUCUUUCUCCUAUUGAUGCAGCUCCCCCUUCUCCAACACCACAGGUUUAUUUGGGGGAGCAAUAUGUAAAUAAUGCUACUUUGUCGGAUGUUACCUUUCUUGUUGAAGGUAGACGGUUCUAUGCUCAUAGAAUUUGCCUUCUUGCUUCUUCAGAUGCAUUUCGUGCAAUGUUUGAUGGUGGCUAUCGGGAGAAGGAUGCAAGGGAUAUUGAAAUUCCAAACAUUAGAUGGGAGGUUUUUGAGUUGAUGAUGAGGCACUCUUAUCUUAUCCAGCGUAUUAUUCCCGAAAUCCGCAAUUACUUUGCCAGAGCACUUACAAAACCUAACCAACAUAACCUGCGGCAGUAGAUGACUGGCGUUUAACCCUUUUGAUCUCUAACUAGAAGUUGUGUACAGAAUAUAGCAGAUCUAGAUGUUCUAAAGCGAGUUGAAGGUUCUAAUCGGUUCCUCUUAGGAUGGCUCAUGUUCAUUUCCUAAUGCUUACGCUCGUGCCAUAUUGCCUGUAGAGGAACUGUAAGUUUCCUCUUUAAUUCUUUGUCUUGGAUAUUGUCACCAGCCUUCAACGAACACUAUAAUCAGCUUGCAUUUUGUGAUAGAUAUACAAUUCUGAAGUACUCUGAUCCCUUUUUUCGCCAAGUUAUUAUUUAUUGAAACGGCAUUGUAGGCUUCUUGGUGUUGAACUCCGUAAGACUUAGUAGUGCAUUUCAAAAAAAAGGUUUCCAUAUCUUGUGGAAUUCAUUGGUGUCCCUGUUCUUAUGCAUAUAUGCGAAAGUGUAUUUUAGUUAGGCCCUCCAGUUUUAAAUUCAUGUUUGGCUGUCAAAAAAACUAGUGAAUUUGAUUGAUGUAUUGAUCUAAACUUAUUGUACAUUUUAACAACUUAGUAUGCAUGUAUUCUGAACUUUAUAUUACAGAAGGUUCAUCUACCUGCACAUGUUAUUUCAA